AUGAGCGAAGUCCAGAACAAUAAUUCUUAUCUAGAAGAAGAGUAAAUACAAAGAGGAUACAAAAAUUGUGAAGCAUUUUGCAAUAGAUUGAGACGAGAUUAUCCUUUAUUAUACUAGUAAUAUUAAUUUUUCAUAUUUAGAUAGCUAGUUGAGUUAGUGAAAGACUACAAAUAGAAUAAAUAAAGCAUAUCCCACUAUUACGGCGAGAUUAAAAAGCUCUUUUCAGAUUAGCCAACAGUUAUUGAUAAUGUCAAUAAAUUAUUUUAUCAUGAUGCUCGAAUCAAAUCAAAUGAUACAAUUUAACAAUUAGAAUGUCUCUUUAAAUAAGAUAAGUUCAGAAUCAAUCUCCUUGAGUAAACUAAGAAUCUGAUUCUCAAGGGAAAUCUUGACCAAUAGUAAUAAUUAGAUGUAAUUAUAACUUUUAUAUCAAAUUCUAGUUAAUAUCAAUCUAAUUUAAAGAUGACCCGGAGGCUCUCAAAGAAAUUUAGAAUGUCUUCAAGCUCAAAAAAUAAAAGCAAAAGAUUUAAGUGGAUUGGAAUGAAAUCAAAAACAAGAGGGUUAAACCAAAUCCUCCUACAAUGGAAGAGAUUUAAUCUUAUUAAGCGUAUUAUACAUAACAUUUUUAUAAUAAUGCUUAUUAGUUAUAAGCAAGUAGAGAAAUUAAAAAUGAAAUUAUUGUGCUAGAUAAGCUAAGAUUAAAGUGUUUUAGUCAUUUUACAUCAGAGUCUGAUUUUAAUCAAUUUUUUGAUGAAUUUGUAAAUGUCAUUCAUUUAUAUACAGAAUGUAUCAUCACUUAAUACGAAUUGAUGGAUAUUUUAUCAUCGCAUUUAUGGAUUGAUUAGGAGAUUAUAGAUGAACUCAGAAUAGCUAUAUUUACUAGAGCUCCAGCACGUAGAUAACAAACUUAAUUAUUUAAACCACUUAAAGACACUGACUUCAAGAAUGCUGAGCACAUUACAGGAUCAUAUGUAAGAAUGCAUCCUGGAUAUGCAAAUAUUAUGAAAGAAGACCCUAAAUUACCAAAUGUCCUAAAUCAUCUCUGGGUAUCUGUGCCUUUUGGUAGCGAAGAUUAUUCUUUUUCAAUUAUGAGGAAAAACAGUUUUGAAGAAUAAUUAUUCAAAAUUGAAGACGAAAUGUUUGAAUAUGAUGUUAAUAUUAAUUGUUAUAGAAGAACAAUUAAAGUAUUACUUUAUUGUAACAUAGUUACUUGAGUAGUUGAUAGCAGGCAACAAUUCUUCAGCCAUUGAAUAGCAAAUUAGAAAAAUACUAUAAAUUAAAUGCCUGCAAUCAGUUUACAAAACAAAUUGUAAAGACUAGGAAGAAGUCAUCACAUUGUGGCAAAAGAAUCCAAUACAAUGUUCUCCUAUUCUAAGAGAUAGGUUGAACUAAAAAUGCCAAGAGUUAAUUAAAUCAAGAGAAAUCGCAAACCAAACUUGGAAAUUAACAUAAAAAAACAAUUUCUCCAGAUCUUUAGAUCACAGAUCUUUCUAUUUUAAAAAGAAUGAAAAGCAAUACACAUGUGUUUCAAGAUUUCUAAAAGAGCCUGAUGAGAAGUAUACAUUAAUAUAGACAAAUAAUACCAUUCAAACAGAAUAUUUGAAUUCUUUAAUAUAAUUAACCACUAUUAAGCCUCUGAGCCAUGGAAAAUAUGUUAAUAUUAACGAUAUUGAUCAAAGCACUGUUUUUAGCUUUUACAUUUCUAGUAAAACUCUUUUGGAAGAAACUUUUGAAAUCUUUAAAUAUUAUAUGGAACAAUCUAGUUAAAAUGAAUCCGAAUGGAUUCUUGAUUUAUUCUAAAAAUUAUAUUAAGGUUUCUUCGAUCUUGAUUUGGUUGAUUAGAACUAUAAUUUUUCUCUUUUAAGAGCAGAAUUAUCAGUUAUUGAAUAAUAUGUGACAAAUUCAUCGUUCUCCUACAUCGAUUAAUUUAAUAUUGAAUAAGAGUAAAUCAAAAAAUCUCACAUUAAUACUAAUAAUUCAAUUAGCAACAACGGAAAGGAUUCAGAUGACUUUGAAGAAUCUGAUUAUGAGCUCUAAAGAAUCAAAAUUCUUAAAUCACCUCUUAUUGAUGAAUAGGAUGUGUUCCCAAGGAACUCAUUACAAUUAACUACAAAUUUUUAGAGUAAGUAUAAGCCACAUGGCAAAAUCAUUUAUGGCACGUCUGGAAUAUAUUUGUUUUUUCGCUAUUUCUAUUCUUUGUAUCAAAGAAUUGAAUUGGCACAUUAAAUUAGUUAGAAUUUUGAAUAAAAUGAAAAAUUUGAAAGUAUAAUUUUUAUUAAACUCUAGAAUUGAAUGAAAAAGAAAAGAAAAAAAUAAUAGAAAUAAGAUAUAAGCUGUUUAAGCAUGCUCUUCUUUACUAAAUUAAAAAUAAAGAUUUCAAAUAUCAAGACUACUUAAGUUUGCUAUUUGGAAAACAAGUGAAUGUUUAUAAUAAGUUUUUUAGGCUUUUCUAUUCUACACAAUUGAUAAAAUGCUUUCAGAUUGUUGUAAACACUUAGCAAGUUUAUUUAAUGAUAAAUUGACUGAUUCUUUUUUUGAUUUUCUAUUCAAAUCAAAUCAUAAUAAAUACGAGUUAGAUCCAACAAAAACUGAAGAAGUACAACUAAGCAACUUGUCAUAUGCUCUCUUAGAUUUACAAUGGGAAUAAGCACAGCGAGUUAUAUUCAGAGUAAAUCGUAUCUUCUAUAUAGUUUUGUUUAUAAGAUGACAGUUUGCAUGUUAAUUAUCUUCCUAAUUGGUCAGUAAUAUAGGAUAAAUAAUAAUUAAAUCGCAUCUCACAAUUUGUUAAAUCCUACACAACAACCUAUUCAAAUAGAAUCAAAGGAGUAUUCUUAUAAAGGAACUUAAGGGAAAAAAGGGCAAACACUUAAAAUUAAAUGGAAUGGACAGUUUUUGAAUCGAUGAGAAUAAGAAAUAAUUUGUCAGAUAUUUUAAUUAAAUGA